CACACAUCUUAUAUAUAACCCUCAUUUUCCUGAGGCUUGUGAGGGAUUCUUGGUUUGUGUGGAUGAAGUAGUGGAGCGUCUUCUGUCGAACCUCAGAGCAAAGUUCGAAGGAAAGUGCAAUAGCACGAGAGCUAGCACAGGAUCUUGGCUUGAUGCAAUGGUUUGAAGAAUUGACACUUUUACUGCAACAACGUUUGCUAAAAAAAGAAAUCAGAGAUCAGACAUGAUGUGGAUUUAUAUCUUGAUCUUCUUCACCGCAUCAAGGGCCAUAGCUCAAGGAACUACUAACCCAAAUAUCAUUGUGAACACAACUACUUCACCUCUGAAAGUUUAUGUUAACAGAAAGGAAGUGUUCAAUCUUGGGAGCGAUGCUAGACUCAUCUGCAGCAACAGGACUCAGAAUAAGUCGAUAUUUGUUAUCUGGAACAUUGAACUAAAACACAAAACCUGCAAGAUCUCCUUUAGCAACGAGGGUCAAAACAUUAACUCCUGCAAUGAUGGAAAAUCCAUACAAAUCUCAAAUGAUCAGUCAUUCCUGCACAUCCCAAACUUUUCAGCCAGUGAUGUUGGAGCUUACAGUUGUGAAUCAACUUACACUGGAGGAAAUGAAGAUUAUAGGAUUACAGUGGGUGUCACAGCUCCUCCUGCUGUGUCUACCUGGUUAGAGCGAAGGGGCAACAAGAUUGUGGCCGUGUGCAGAGCUGAAAGAGGGAUUCCUGCUGCCAACAUCAGCUGGAGUGUCAUAGGAAAUCACUCUGUGACACAGCAGAAUGACCCAGAUGGAUUUGUAACAGUAGAGAGUCAGCUGGAGAUCCCUGAAGACAUUGAUCAAGAAAAUUUGACCUGCAUCGUCUGGCACCAGUUUUGGGAGCAGGAGAAGACGUUCAUACCCAGAUUCAGAGGGCAUCCAAUUUUGUACUUUAUCCCUAUUUUUGGGAUAAUCUUCAUUCUCGUGGCAGGUUUUUUCAUCUAUGCACUAAAGAAAGUAAUAUUAUUGAGACAAUGUCAACAGACAGACACAUCAUCCAAAUCACCUCCGCAGACAGAGGAUGUGGAGGAAGUGGAGCCUUAUGCUAGCUACGUUCAACGUGUGAACUCAAUAUACAACUGAUGUGUGCAUAAAAUUCCUGUUGAUGCAACACGGUCGCACACAGAAAUGCACAUCAUGGGACUUUGUGAAAAAGCGAGGGCUGUGAAACUGAGAAAUGGUAAAAUAGUAAGAAGAAGAAGAAG